AUGGCGAAGGUUGCGGUUUUGGGCGCUUCAGGCCAGAUAGGCCAGCCAUUGAGCUUGUUGCUCAAAAUGAGCAAUCUUGUCAACGACCUCUUUUUGUACGACGUGGUGCACAGUGUCGGGGUUGGCGUAGAUUUGAAUCAGAUCGACACACCCGGCAAAGUUCAAGGAUUCUUGCCUGCCGAUAAUGGGCUUGAACAGGCUCUUGCAGGCGCUGAGGUCGUAGUCAUCCCAGCGGGUAUUGCACGAAAGCCUGGCAUGACUCGGGAUGAUCUUUUCAAGACGAACGCGGGCGUGAUAAAAACGCUCAUAACAGCUGUGGCGACAACAUGUCCAAAGGCGUAUGUCUGCGUUAUCACCAACCCGGUAAAUAGCACUUUACCCAUCGCUGUCGAAGUGCUGAAGCAGCACGGCGUUUUCGAUGCUCGCAAAGUCUUCGGGGUGACGACACUCGAUGUUGUCAGGGGGUCAACUUUUGUGGCUCAGGAACUGGGAGACCCGAAUCCUAAGAACUACGUUGUCCCGCUCCUGGGGGGUCACAGUGGCGCAACGAUCUUGCCGCUUUACAGCCAGUGUCAGCCGAAAGUCCAACUUUCCCAAGAGCAGCUCGAGAGGAUCACCUACCGUGUGCAGUUUGGCGGCGACGAGAUCGUGAAAGCAAAAGCCGGAGCAGGAUCAGCAACUACAUGCAUGGCAUACGCAGGUUUUCGCUUCAUUGAGUCCAUACUUCGAGCAAGAAACGGCGAGAAUGGUGUCGUUGAGGCCGCAUACGUCUACCUCCCUGGAAUUGAAGGUGGCCAGGCAGUCGCAGACAGACUGCAGGUUGACUAUUUUAGCACCAAGCUCGACUUCUCAAAGGAGGGAGCUGUUCGAGCACAUUCAAUCGGGCCACUCUCGGAGUAUGAGGAGAAGUUAUUGGCAGCAGGUUUGCCGGAGCUGAAGGUCAAUAUAAGCAAUGGGACAGCGGCGGCGACUGCGAAGAUAUAG